UUAGUUCAAGCAGAGCAUGUGCGUUGUUUGUGGGCUACACAAGGUGAGCAACACACUCGUGUCACUGGUAUCGGUGAGAUUUUACGAGCCGUAGAUUUAAACUCUUUUCUCUUGCAGCUCGGGGACAAAACGGCAACACGCAUGUUGGCUUCUCUGGGCAGAGGGGUGGACUUGGUGGCAGCUAUCCCCAGAAUCAACUCAGACAUGCCUCUGGUUCUCCUGGCUCAGCCCAGAGCAGUAGCUUCAACACAGUCCCUGAAGUUAGUGGUGGUUAUAGCCAGAGAUUUCCCAGUAGCCGCUCCACACAAACUGUUUCACAGCCGGCUAAAAGUGUCUUUGCUUCAGGCAAGUUGGUGCAGAGCAGCUCUGAGUCAAAGCCCAACUGGCAACCGACCAGGUGGAGUCAGGGAACUGUUCAAAAGAUGCCCAAGAAGAAGCCGUUUGCCUUUUCUGGUUCUAUCGCUGGUGGCAGUUCUCUCAGCAAGUACGAUAAGACUCCGAUUAGCGAGAAGAGAACUCGGCCAGUUCAGCAGGGAACACCAAGUAGGAGCAGCUAUCGGUCCAGCAGUCCUGCUUCUCUUCAGAGUCCCAGAGGAAGCUUCAAGUCUUCAGCUGUUCCUGAAACACCAGCCUCCUCUGGGAGGAAAGGUUCUUCUACGUCUACGAAGUCUUCCAGCCAGUCCAGAGCAGGUGCUGCGUCACGAAGAAUCCCUGUUCGGACCAAGACCUCAGCCAGUGUCGCUGCUAGGAGAGUGUCUUCACGUCGUAGAACCAAACUGAGAAAUAAGCCCAGCCCGACUCGGGCUGUGAACCCAAGCCAGCUGGUUCCUGUGAGUGUGAGUAACCUCCCUUCCUCCUGGACCAGCAGUACGGGGCCCUCGGGUCAGGGGUUCGCUCCGUCCAGAACCUACAACAUCCCUCAGAGCUUUGGUGGCUUCGCUAUCAGACGGCUGAAAGAACCUGCUGACCAGAAGGAAGUGAGUGUUGGGAAGCCACAGCAGGUCUACGGGGCCCAGCAGGCCCCUGCUGCUGUGAAGCCCGCCCACGUGGCCCCCCAGAGGCCCCUUGCUCCUCCUCUGCAUCAGGUCUACGUGGCCCCCCAGAGGCCCCUUGCUCCUCCUCUGCAUCAGGUCUACGCUGCCCCCCAGAGGCCCCUUGCUCCUCUGCAUCAGGCCUAUGUGGCCCCUCAGCGGCCCUCUGCAUCCUUCAAGCCACAGGUCCUGAGUGUCCGUCCGGAGGCCAGUUGGAAGAGGUUCGGGCCCCCUGGGGGACGGUAGCAGGUGCAGCAGGAGUUCUGGGAUGAAUGUCUGGUGUUU